AACAAGGAAGAGAUGUGAACAAGGAAGUGAUCCAGGACCUUCGGAGGCAUGAGAUUCCUCCAGUAAAGCGCUUUUCUGCGGAUUGUGUGCGUCUCUUCUGAAGCGUGGUUGAACCGUAAUGGCGCGGAGCUUCCCGACGGUCGGUGCGGAGAGCCGGGAGGAGACCCACCGGACUUAAAGGGACGGACGGACGGACGGACUGACGGACGGGAGAGGAGCUGCUGUUUUGACAGCUGGGAUUAUCCUCCACUCUGUCUGCCUCAGAGAGACAAUCCGAACCGAACUGAGGUUAAAAACUUCAAGCAGAGGAAUCCUCUUCAUGCUGAGGGGAACCUGAGGGUUUGACGGUAAAGAAAAGGUUCCCACCAUGGCUUCAGCCCGGCUGAAGUACCUCUCCCUGGGCGUGCUGGUAUUCCAGACCACCUCGCUGGUGCUCACGAUGCGGUACUCCCGGACCCUCCAGGCCGAGGGCCCGCGGUACCUGGCGUCCUCGGCUGUGGUGGUGGCUGAGGUCAUGAAGAUCCUCGCCUGUGUGCUGCUCGUUUUCAAGGAGCACAGUUACAGCAUGCGAGCUCUGAACAGCAUCUUGCGUCAGGAAAUCCUCCAUAAACCCGUGGAGACGCUGAAGCUGGCCAUCCCCUCGGGGAUCUACACGCUGCAGAACAACCUGCUGUACGUCGCCCUGUCCAACCUGGACGCCGCCACAUAUCAGGUGACGUACCAGCUGAAGAUCCUGACCACGGCCCUGUUCUCUGUUUCCAUGCUUGGCCGCAGGCUGGGGGUCUACCAGUGGCUCUCCUUGCUGAUCCUGAUGGCCGGAGUGGCUCUUGUGCAGUGGCCCUCCGAGUCUGCGGCGGCCCCAGAGAAGGAGGCCCGCUCCGCAGGCUCCCAGUUCGUCGGGGUCACGGCGGUCCUGGUGGCGUGCUGCUCCAGCGGCUUUGCCGGCGUCUACUUUGAGAAGAUCCUGAAGGAGAGCAAACAGAGCGUGUGGGUCCGCAACAUCCAGCUCGGAAUGUUCGGCCUUGUGUUUGGCCUCUUUGGCAUGCUAGCAUACGACGGGGAGCGGGUAAGAGAGUCUGGAAUGUUUCAGGGAUACAACACAAUCACCUGGACAGUCGUAGCCCUGCAGGCGCUGGGUGGUCUGGUCAUAGCAGCGGUCAUCAAGUAUGCGGACAACAUCCUAAAAGGUUUUGCCACGUCACUCUCCAUCAUCCUGUCCACUCUUAUAUCCUACUUCCUGCUACAGGACUUUGACCCCUCAAGUGUGUUCUUCCUCGGGGCAGUUUUGGUCAUCACUGCCACUUUCCUGUACGGCUACGAAGGCAAGCCGCCCGCCAACCCCAGCAGGGCAUAAGCUGACUCUACGGUGGCUUCAGGAGGUCCAGUUGGAGCCUCAAGACGGCGGGGAGGAGAAAGGACAGACAAAAGUGCUAAGGGGACAGAAAAAAAGACGGAUGAAGGGGGAGGGGGAAGGUCUUCAUCACAUAUUGUGAGCAGAGGACAGAAAUGCAAGCAUAACACUGUGGUUGGUCUCACACCGAAAGUGCCUCACUUCUGAAGGAGAAGCGAUUUUAGGGGGGGAAAAAAAAGGAGAAAACACAAGACAGUGUUUUUUCUCUCUUUACUGUGGCAGAGAUGUCCUGGCUGCCACGUCUGCAGGAAAAGGACGGACUGAUUGCGUACAUGAAGGACCAGUUUGACAACCAGUAACCGUUUACUGCCACGCCGGUCACGCCCAUGCAGUAAAUGAUUGCAGAGGAAGAGAGCACCUCUACAGCCAUAGUAUUUAUUGCUCUUUUUGUCCAUUUUAAGCAAACAUUAGAACCUGAUGUGAGAUGCUAACAGAUCCAUAAACUCAAACAGGUCAAUAACUCUGGCUGAAAAGGGUCCAGUGUAGUUCAAGUAUUACACGCCCUUCACACACACUUGAACUGUAGUGGCCUGCACACUUUAUAGCGCCCCUAAUGAAGACGGGGGGAAAGGCUCAACUUAAAUUAGGCAGUUAUUGGUGAAGUAUAAAUUCAUUCUGAGCAUUUUUUUUUUUAGAAAAUCUAUCCUUUAAUUUAAGCUGAUUUAUCCCACAUUCCAACAGAAGCAGUUCUUUCCCCCGUUUCCCUGACAUUUAAAUAUGACUCUUCAAAAUGGGAAACACUGAAAAACAUGUUGGUUAGUGAAGACAGAUGUGCAUAGCUUCCCAACAACAAUAAUUAAAAACUUAAAUUAAGGCUGCGGUAAACGAUCUAAGUUUAUUUUACCAGUAUGCUUGGUGAAGAGGAUGGGAAGGGAGGUAAAGAAAGCAAAGAGCAACAUUUUUGAAGUCUGGACGACAGCAAGGAAAAGACAUUUACUGGUAAUUUGGGAACUAGGUCAAUAUAUUUGGAAACCUUUGCAUAACACUGUUGGUGUUGGGGGUCAAAAGACUCAUUUUGUUAAAAAAAUUUUUUUUGGUUUCAAUUAUUUCCAUCCUCCUUGGACUGUGUGAGUUAAAGUUGAUCAGAGGGACAUCAUUUGAUAUUUUUGGAGUACUUAGUUUCCCAUUCGCAGCGUGACAAAACAGUUGUAGUUUGUGGGAACCCCGUUAAGUUGCUUCCCACAUGGUAAUGGUGGAAACUAUAUGUUCAAAUCUAAACAGAUACGGAUGACCAGGCAGAUCCAACUCACUCCACAGGCCUUAAUCCUACGGGGAAAAACCUGUUUGUUGAGCUGAGGAGAAGAAAACUUAAGAGCUGACCCAAAACUGUGGAUGACCUGGAGAGAUUGCACAGGUGCCAAAAGGGGGGAUAUGAGCAGCACAUGUGGCAACAGUGAGUUUAGUCAAAAAUAAUUACUUCUCAAUAUUUUAAAUAUUUCCUACUGUGUAAGUUGGGCUAAAUGAAAGGUUAGCGUUCUCUCAGCUUUACCAGGGGUGCCAGUCAGUGUGAACGGUUCUACAAACACAUUUUAGAAGACAAGUCUUAAGACACUGACUGUUUCAAUGACUACAACUUGUGUUUUCUAAAUGACUGCUUUCUUUCUUCAGACGCAGUCUGUAAAAUGUCUUCUUGUUGGCAAACUCAGAGAGAUUCUGUGACGGGAUUGCUCCGCCGUUGUCUCAGCCAGCUGGAGUCAAACAUUUGACUGUAAUUUGGAGUAAAAUGUUUGACUGAUGAAUGAACCGAGCUGCUUCUGUGACACCACUUGGAGUAAAAACUGGUGAUUUGGUCAUUGAAACUUGAAAUAAUCUUUAAAUCAGUAAUCAGUCUUUAGUUUAACUGCAGUAAUUUGGCUUAGGUUUACAUUGUUCCGUUUAGGCCAAUGAUGAUGAUGAAGCUCUUUGUUUUAUAUUUUAUUUUUAUUUUAUUUUUUUGCAGUAUAUUGUAUUGACUCUGUGGCCAAACAAUGAAACACAGAAUCCUUUUAGGAAAUUUAUGAUUUAUUAUGUUUGUUUGUUUUUGUUUUCUGAGCUACGUUGGGAUAAAGCGGGUAUAAAUAUUAAGUUUAUCUUAAUUAUCUACAUGUGAAGCUUUUUUGUAAGGACAGUGUGUAACUUAUGAGUAUGGGUUGUUGUGUUGCUCCUGUUUGAACCUUUCUGCUGUGCAACACAUUAACCGGUAUAUUCAGACUGGAAUGUAUUAAAACAAAAUAUAAAGGUGA